AUGGAAAACAACAACCAAAGUACAACCAACUGCUCUUCCUGCUAUGCACCUUUACCCGUUGACUCACGUUAUCGUACCUGCCAAAUAUUCAGAGAACGAGUAGCAGCAUCUCGCCGCAGACGUCGUGCCGAAGACCAACAAGAAGAAGCUGGCGUUGCUACUAGACCUAGAGGCAGACCAAGAAGAACAGUCGAGUCCGUUGAUGCUGAAGGUAGACCCAGAGGCAGACCAAGAAGAACAGUCGAGUCUGCUGAUACUGAGAGUAGACCCAGAGGCAGGCCCAGACCUGACCAUGCCAACAGUAUGCCAGCCGCAUGCAUCUCACAGUUAUCCCGCCUUCGUUCUUUGGACCUUGGACGUAUGGACAAGGAAUGCUCACACUGUCACGCCCUACACUGGAUUGAUGAAAGGCAAGAGACAUCUUCGAUGAGAAAUCCUAGCUGGGAGUCAUGCUGCAAGCAAGGAUCAGUCCAGUUGCAACUAUUACCUGAUCCACCUGAAUACUUGAAGGACUUGCUCGAACGCACGGACACCCAAGGCCGUCACUUUAAAGACAACCUUCGUCAAUAUAACGCUGCCUUUGCUUUUACUUCGUUGGGCUGCGAUAUUGUUUCGCCUGAGGAUCGUGCCAACAACAACAACAACAACAGCAGCAGCAGCAGCAGCAACAACAAUAACAAUAGAGGUGGAUUAAACGCCUUCCAGAUCCAUGGCGCACUUUGCCACCGUCAAGGCCCCCUUGACUCCAGUUGA